AUGCAACGUGCCAACCGCCCGCCAAUCGAAUCCCGCCCGCAGCUGCCGCCGCCCGCAAACGCAACGGGCCCCGCCGCGGUACGCCUGCUGCUGUCGCGGAUGUCGGAGAUCGAACAAGCACACCGCCUUCAGCAACAGCAGCAGCAGCAGGAGCAGCAGCAGCAGCACCACCACCACAAGCAAAAGGGCGGCCCCGGCGGGCUCCGCGCUGCGCGUGCGGCCCCGCAGCCUCGCAGCGGCCUCACGUCCCACAACGGCUCCAUCCGGCGCAGCAGCAGCAGCGGCGCGCCGGGGGCGGCGUCGGGCAUUGGCAGCCGGGCGGGCAGCCCGGACAUCGGCGCGGCCAUGGCGUAUGGCGGCGGCGAGGGGGCGCGCUCCUCCAAGCUGCAGUGGACAGAGGCUAGCAGCUGCCGCAUGAGUAGCAGGGCCGGUGCCGCCGCGCACGCCGGAGCCGCGAGCAGGGGGUUUGGCGCCGCGGCCGCCGCGGCCGCGGCGGCGGUCGCGGACGCGGACGCUUUGGAAGCAUGCGAGCGGGGCGGGCCGGGCGAGGCGGCUGGCGAGGCGGCGAGCAGCCUGCCGCAUGCAGCCAGCCGCGGCGGGCGGGAGCAGUCCUUGUUUGCCUCGUUUUCCAGGGAUCCAGCCGAGGGGAAGCUGGUAGUUGCCAACACUGUCGACAGUGAGAAGCAGGAUUCGGGGCCGCCCAAGCGGGGGCGGCAGCACACAGAGGCGUCCCUGCCGACGCAGGCCGCAACAGACGGUAUGGGGGCUGCUGCUGCACAAGGCAUCCCUGCCAAACCUCACCAACCGCAGCAGCAGGAGCAGCAGCAGCAGCAGCAGCAGCAGCAGCCUGUGCUGAGUUCAUCCCCAUUGCCACAGCAGCAGCAGCAGCAACCGCAGCAGCAGGAGCAGCAGCAGCAUCCGUCAACAAAGCAGCAGCGGCAGCAGCAGCAGCAGCAGCAGCAGCAGCAGCAGCCCGCGCGCCAGCCGGAAGCCGGCGACACAAAGGCCAGCGGGCACCAGGCGGGGCGCGCCGCAGCAGACACUCACAGCCCCGGGCAGCACCAUGCUGAGGGCCAAGGUGAAAUGGGGCCGCCCGCCAGCCUGAGAGCAGCUGUGCAGGGCGCCGCGUUGGAUGUGGCACAGGAGCACAGACCGGAUCCCCCACCAGCCGCCUGGCCGCGCCUCGCCCAGCCCGAGGCAACGACGCUGCAGGAACCACAGGGUGGCGUCCGCCCCGCGCUGCCAGUGCCAGCCCUGCAGCUUGUGGCGGCUGCGGCUGCUGCGCGCAGCGGCGGCAGCAGCGGCGGCGGCGCUGGCAGUGGCGGCGGCGGCGGCGGCGGAAGGGACGAGGGUUUUGACCUGCUGGUGCAGGCGGCCAAGUUUCUGGACGACGGCGGGUCCACUGCCGCGGCGCUUUCUGCGCGGGGACCGACCCCCAGGCGGCCGCCAACCGGCGAGCCGCGGCCGCCGCAGCCGCACGCGACUGCAGGCGCCCUGCCGGCGGCGGCGACGCAGGGCGCCCGAUCAGCGCCCGCAAUCGCCAAAGGCACAGCCCAGGCUGCGGAGCCAUUUGUUAGCGAGCGGCCGCCACAGCACCUCACGACGCCCAGUGGGGGCGCGCCUGCUGAGGCAGCUGCUGGGCAGCUGCCUUUGCCCCCCGCCAGGAGCAGCUGGGACGCAUCUCUUCUGCCCGCAAUGCUGCGGGCACUCACCACGACCCCGCCUCCACCGCCGCCGCCGCCUUCCGCGGCUGCGGGGGCCUCGGCUGGCGGCGACGGUAUGGGUGGCGACGGGCCCGCGUGCGGGGCGGUGGCGAGGCCGCAGACGCGGGCGCGGUUCCAGAGAAUCAUGAACCAGACCGCGACGGCAAUAGCACUGGUGCAGCAGGCGCAGCAGCAGGCGCAGGCGCAUGCAGCGUCCGUAAACGGGCAGGCCGCGGCGGCCCCGCAGCCGUAG